UAAAUUUGACAAUAUCUUAAAAAUUUAGAGUCGAUCAAUAUGCGGUUGCGUAGUGUGCAGAUGCCCAGACGAAAUGUGAUCCAAGAAGUAACUAGUUGCUUCUUUUAAAAUUUGAAGACUAAUUUAUUGUUCAAACUCGCGAUAUUAAAAUGCUUGAGUCCGAAGACGAAGACAUGUUCACUACGUCUUCAGAUAACGAAGCAGAAUUUAGAGAUGCUAAGUAUUUGUAUUACGAGGAAGAUGUUAAAAUGGACAAGAAAAAGAAGCACACAUUAAGGGCAUUCGACAGGGAUACUGGUGGAUUAUCUAAUGAAUAUCAAGAAAAAAUUCUCCCGAAAUUAAUGGACAGCAGCAAUUUGUUUAUGGAAUGGGCUAUAGAAUAUAAUUUACUGCCUCUCAGUGCAAGAUGUCCAAAUGCCCAAAAAGAUCCCAAAUGUGAAUCGCCCUUGGCCUUGAUUUUUGCUGAUGGGUUAAAUGAUUUAUACCAAUUAAAAUGUUCCAAUUGUGACAACAAGGAAUCCCUUAGAAAACACUCAAUAUUUUAUGGACUUCAGUGCAAUAUUAGAAGCGCAAUAAGGAUACUAUAUGGAUGGGUUAAAGGAAUUGAUCUAGAUUUAAUGGCAAAUAUUCUUGGUUUAGAUAUAGAAACUGUGGGUACACUUUAUAACCGGGCAUCCAGAUUUGUAAGAAAAGCUGUAACUUUACAUUACCCUACACUCAUGACUUUGGGAGGUGAAGGUGUGGUAGUUCUUGUUGACAUUUACCCCAUUUUCCUUCAAAAAGCCGGCUCACAAAGUCACCGAUGUAGUCCAAUAUUAUGUAUUUCUGAAAUCGGGAGUCUGCCUCAAAACUAUUGGCUAGAACCAUUAGAAUAUUGGGAUAACAAUGAUCCUUUUCAAGUAAAAGAAAUAAAAGCAAAAAUAUUGGAUAUAAUAACUAAUUUGGUGAAACCCAAGUCCAUGCUGGUGUUGCCAAGCCAGACGACAUUUUUAUUUUCUGAAGAGAUGGAGACUCUUAACAAGUUGUACAUCAAUGUUAAAUAUGUGGAUGAUCUGUUGGACUGUAAUCAUAGGAACAGAUCAUUGGGAGCAAUUUUGGAUGCUAUUUGGAAAAAACCUGUGGAAGUCUGUGAACAAGCCCAAUUCUUUAAUCCAAAUUAUAUAAAUCAGUACUUUGUAAGAGAAUUUUGGAUCAGAACUGCCGAUGUUGAUGCCUUUGGUAUAUUAAUUGACCUAAUUUCAAUAGAAACAGUUAGAGGAAAUAUUGAUAAAUUGUGUCUCUAAGUCUGUGUUGAUGUAUAUUUUGAUUAAGAACCUCUAUUUCAACUAGGUCUUGAUAACAGAAAUUUGUACUCAUUUAUUUUUUUUAUAGUCACAAUUAGUUGGAUUUGCAGUAUUGUUAUUUUGUCAAUUUUGAAAUUAAGUUACAUAUUUGUAACUGUGAUUUUUAAAGGUAUUCUCCUAUUUUUAAUGUUACAUAUUUAACUUAGUGUUAGUACAAAGAUGAAUUCAAAUUACCUUUUGUAUGAUUAUGCUGAAGUUCUUAAAUAAUUUGCAUUUUCAUCAUAACCAUUCAUCAGGAUAUAUUUGUUUUCGAACUAAAAAAGAUAUUUACAAAGCAAUAUUUUGGUGCACAUUUGUAGGAAAUAAUUGGUUAGUUCAAAAGUGAAAUAAUAAACGUUAAUGUUAUUAUUCCUUUGUUAUAAAGGGUUAAGAAGUUUUUCAGUACCUUUGUUAUUGGUUUUAGGAAACAUUAGCAGUAUAUGUUAUUAAGUAAGAUUUAUUAAAUUUUUGUUAUGUAGGGUAUAUACU